CUAACCAUAUUUUUGUACGUCCAUCCUAAGUCAAUAAAGUCAAACUUAACAUAAAAAAAACAAAGUGAAACCUGUGCCAAAAAUUAUAGACAGUGAAGAAGAACUUAUGUGGCGGUGCUGCAGAGUCAAUGCCGCGGCAGAAUAAAGAGGCGGGGAAGGAAUGAAGGAAAUGAGUCAGAGAGGGGCCAAAAUAAUGUUCUUCAACACGACAAUGUUAUUCUUUAUCCUGUGGGCGUUUUCAUCGCUGUUUACAUUUUCAGAAUCGUCUUCACACGACGACCAGCAACUCUACGUGGUUCACAUGGACCCGCUGCCGCCCGCCGCCGCCGAGAUGGCGGCAUCGUUCUCGUCGAAUUCUCCCCGCACUUCCUGGAGACGGUACGAGGAUGUUCUCGACUCCGUCCACCACUCUUCCUUCGCUGCUGCUGCUGCCAAGACGGCUUCCCCGUCCCCUCCUCCGCCGCCGCCGCCUCAGCUGCUCUAUGUUUACGACACCGCUCUUUCCGGUUUCGCCGCAAAACUCUCCGGACCCCAACUGGAGUCGCUCAAACAGCACGGCGGCUUCAUAUCCGCCGUGCCGGACGAGAUCCUCACCCUCCACACCACCCGCUCCCCCCAGUUCCUCGGCCUGAGAACCGGGAGAGGGCUCUGGAGAGCCAGAACCCUCGCAUCCGACGUGAUAGUGGGCAUCAUCGACACUGGGAUAUGGCCCGAACACCCCAGCUUCCGCGACAAUGCCCCAGGAGGAGGGAGGAGGACCGCAGUCCCCACUCGCUGGAAAGGCGAGUGCGAGCAGGGCCCGCGUUUCUCCCCUUCGAACUGCAACAACAAGCUGGUCGGAGCGAGGAUCUUUUACAAAGGGUACGAGUCCAUCGUGGGAAGAAUCGACGAGAAUGCCACGGAGUACAGGUCUCCCCGAGACUCGCAAGAUAACAUAGCCAUUGCUGCGUUUGGGGCAAUCCAAAAGGGAGUCUUUGUGUGCACAUCCGCUGGAAAUUCAGGACCGUUGGAAUCAAGUGUUGGUAAUACAGCACCAUGGAUGAUGACAGUUGCAGCUAGCUCCAUCGGCCGAAGCUUCCCCUCCAUUGUUGAGCUUGGCAAUGGAAACAUUCUCCGCGGGGAAUCCUUGUACUCCGGCAAGCCCACAAAAAGACUCCCACUUGUAUAUGGCAAAGGCAAAAAAGGUGCUGAGUUUUGCACCAAUGGAACACUAUAUUCGGGUUUGGUUAAGGGAAAGAUUGUGGUUUGUGAGAGGGGAAUCAAUGGCAGAGCCGAGAAAGGAGAGGUGGUGAAGAGAGCCGACGGCGCCGGUAUGAUUCUUAUUAACCGAGUAACAGACGGGGAACAAGUCUACGCCGAUCCCCACUUGUUGCCGGCCGCCGGCUUGGGAGCUUCCGCCGGAAUUGCCUUAAAACAUUACGUUACUAGUAAUUCCACUCAAACCCCGACCGCUUCCAUCAAGUUCUCCGGCACGGUUUACGGGGAGCGGGCCCCAGUGAUGGCCUCCUUCUCAUCCAGAGGGCCCAGCGCGGUGUCGCCGGAGAUCAUCAAGCCGGACGUGACCUCUCCGGUGGUCAACAUAUUAGCCGCGUGGCCGCCGAACGGCUUCACCCUUCAAUAUAUGCAAGUGAUACUUAUCUUUAUUUUCCGACGUGGGAACUCCAACAAGAGAAGCGUGGAAUUCAACGUCCUCUCCGGGACUUCUAUGUCUUGUCCUCACGUCGCCGGCUUAGCCGCCCUUUUGAAGUCGGCUCACGGCGACUGGUCGCCGGCGGCAAUAAAAUCGGCGUUGAUGACCACCGCUUAUACCCGCGACCGUGAAGGAGCUCCGAUAGCGGAUUCCGUCGCCGAGAACUCCACCUCCGCCACCCCUUUCGUCUUCGGGUUGGGCCACGUGGACCCGGAAAAAGCGGCGGAUCCGGGCUUAAUUUACGACAUUUCCGCCCGAGAUUAUCUCAACCACCUGUGCGGCCUGAACUAUUCUUCCGCCCAAAUUGCCCUCGUCUCGCGGGAAAAAUUCACCUGGCCGGGAAAGGGUAGUAUGGUAAAUGACCUUCAGCCCGGCGAUCUAAACUACCCUUCUUUUGCGGUGAUAUUUAACGGCAGCGUUAAAUCCAACCGCACUCUCAAGCGGACGGUGACGAACGUUGGGAUAUCUAGAAGCAUUUACACUGUUCAUGUGACGGGACCGGAGGGGGUGUCGGUGAUUGUGGAGCCCAAAGUGUUGAAAUUCAAGAAGCUGUGAGAGAAAUUGAGGUACAACGUUAGGUUUGUGUGUCGGAGGAUUGGGAGUGGCCAUUUAUUUGGAUCGCUGGUUUGGAAAUCAACAAAAUAUGGUGUCAGAAGUCCGAUUGCAGUUACGUGGGUGAGUGAACAUGGCAAGUUGAACUGGAUCCAUUCUUUAGAAUGACUUUGGAGAGGGCAGUAAACGGAUAGUCUAAAA